AUGGAGGCGAUUCAAACCCAUCCCGCGAACGCGGCCCAGGCCAAGGCCUUUACCGCUCCGGGCUCCCUGUCCUUCCCCACCGGUCACAGCGAGUUGACACCUCCAAACGACGCGGUCAAUGGCCAGCGCCCCGUCAUGAACGGUGGCCAGCAGCCAGCCCAAGCCGUCAACGGUACCGGGGUGACUCCCGCGACUCCUGCUGCGACCCCUGCUGCGAUCCAGGGAGGUAGUGGUUUGACACCGACUUUGCAGAACAUUGUUGCAACGGUCAAUCUCGACUGCCGUCUGGACCUCAAGACCAUUGCGCUGCACGCUCGCAACGCCGAGUACAACCCAAAGCGUUUCGCGGCCGUCAUCAUGCGUAUCCGCGAGCCCAAGACCACUGCGCUGAUCUUUGCCUCUGGCAAGAUGGUCGUCACUGGUGCCAAGUCUGAGGAUGACUCGAAGCUUGCCUCGCGCAAGUAUGCGCGCAUCAUCCAGAAGCUGGGCUUCAACGCCAAGUUCACGGAUUUCAAGAUCCAGAACAUCGUCGGUUCUUGCGAUAUCAAGUUCCCUAUUCGUCUCGAGGGUCUGGCUUCGCGCCAUCACAACUUCAGUUCCUACGAACCCGAGUUGUUCCCUGGUCUGAUCUACCGCAUGAUCAAGCCGAAGAUUGUCCUGCUCAUCUUCGUGAGCGGCAAGAUCGUCCUCACUGGCGCCAAAGUCCGUGAGGAGAUCUAUCAGGCCUUCGAGAUGAUCUACCCUGUGCUUCAAGAUUUCCGCAAGGUCUAA